AUGAACCUAAGCUGGGACUCGCUGAACGUUCACUCGGAGAUCAAGGAGGUAAUCCGAAAGGAGUUCGGCUUUGAGCAGAUGACUGCGGUUCAGGCCGCCUCCAUUCCCCUCUUCAUCACCAACAAGGACCUGAGCGUGGAGGCGGUGACGGGCAGCGGCAAGACGAUCGCCUUUGUGGUGCCCAUCCUCGAGAUUCUGCUGCGAAAGGCGAGUGAGGAGACGAUUAAGAAGCACGACAUCGGCGCCAUCGUCAUCAGUCCGACGCGGGAGCUGGCAGUGCAGAUUCACGAGGUCUUUCGCCGUUUCACCGAGCACCUCAAAAGCUCAGAAAGCCCUAAAGUCCAAUUUCGCUCGAUGCUCCUCAUCGGCGGCUCCAAUCCCUUCAAAGACAUCGCCACGUACAUGGCCCAGGGGGCGAACAUAGUGGUCUCGACGCCGGGCCGCCUCUUUGACGUGCUCGAAAAGUCGGAGCACUUCUCGGAGCGGGUGCGCAAGUGCCUCGAAGUGUUGGUCCUCGACGAGGCCGACCAGCUGCUCAGCCUCGGCUUCGAGAAGAAGCUAGGUGACAUUCUCGCUUUUCUGCCGAAGCUCCGGCGGACGUCGCUCUUCUCGGCGACGCAGACCAAGGAGCUGGACGACCUGAUUCGGGUGGGCCUGCGAAAUCCAGUGAAGAUUGAGAUUGGCGAGAAGAGCAGGCAGUCCAACAAAGGUGGUGGUGGCGGAAGUCAGGUGCAGAUGCCCAAUCGCCUUCUGAACCGCUUUAUUGUCCUCAGCUCCUGCGAGGAAAAGGUGCCCUACCUGGUGAACUUUGUCCGUCAGCAGCAGAACACCGCCCGGCACAAAAAGUACCUCAUCUUCAUGUCCACCUGCGCCCAGGUGAACUACUUUGAGAAGCUGCUCGGUCGGUUUCUAAAUGCACAUCAUCAGCACAACAGCAACAGCAAAUCGAACAGCAAAUCGAGCAACAACAACAACAGCCACAACAACCAAAUCACCCUCCUAAAGCUGCACCGAAAGCUGAAAGCCAAGCGGCAGAAGAUCUUUGAGCAGUUUCGCGAGACGGAGCACUGCCUGCUGCUGUGCACCGACGUGAUGGCCCGCGGCGUGGACAUUCCCCAGGUGGACUGGGUGGUCCAUUUUGACCUGCCGCUCACCAUCGAGAGCUACGUCCACCGGUGCGGCCGGUCCGGCCACCAGGUGAACGCCGCUGGAAAUUCGCUCCUCCUCUGCCUGCCUCAUGAGCGGCCAUUUGUGGAGCUCGUUCAGGAGAAGGGCGUCGACAUUGAGGAGGAGAAGGAGGAAGUGACAUCAACAGAGGAAGAAGUCAACAACAACACUACCAGCAACCUCCGCGAAGAGGUGCUCAAGUGGGCAAAGGCGGAGGCCCGCCGGAACAUUCACUUCUACGAGCUGUCGGUGCAGGCCUUUGUCAGCUUUGUGCGCACCUACGCCUCGAAACACUGCCUGUCAAAAUUUCUCUUCAAGCAGACGGACGUCGUGGACAUUGCCAACGCCUACGCGCUGCUGAAGAUGCCGGCGAUGCCGGAGCUGCGCCAGGCGAAGCACCUCCAGCAGAAGGGAGCCACCGCCUUCAGGGGCUCCGCCGAGGACACCCGAACGGUGAACAACUUUAAGGACAUUCUCUACGCGAAGAAGAAUGCUGGUGCGGCCGCUAAUGAUCCUGAGGGGGAUGAAGAGGGUGAAACAACAAGGAGGCAUCCCCACUCAAAGUUUGGCUUCAAGCGAAACCCCGAGAUGCAGGAGAAGUUCGAGCGGGAGUGCACCGGUGGAAAGCUAAAAGGGAAGAAGAAGCGGGAGUUCAUGGACGCCCUUGAGCAGGAGGAGCUGCUGAUGGACGCGCGGGUGGUGAAGAAGCUGAAGCGGGGCGCCAUCUCCAGCAAGCAGUUCGAGGAGCACUUUGGCAUCUGA